GGCGGCGGCCCAGCGUAUAGGCGCGGAGGCGGCCAUGGCGGGCAACUUCGACUCGGAGGAGCGGAGUAGCUGGUACUGGGGGCGGCUGAGCCGGCAGGAGGCGGUGGCGCUGUUGCAGGGCCAGCGGCACGGGGUGUUUCUGGUGCGGGACUCGAGCACCAGCCCCGGGGACUAUGUGCUCAGCGUCUCCGAGAACUCGCGCGUCUCCCACUACAUCAUCAACAGCAGCGGCCCGCGCCCGCCCGUGCCACCGUCGCCCGCCCAGCCUCCGCCCGGGGUGAGCCCCUCCAGACUCCGAAUAGGAGAUCAAGAGUUUGAUUCAUUGCCUGCUUUACUGGAAUUCUACAAAAUACAUUAUUUGGACACUACAACGUUGAUAGAACCAGUUUCCAAAUCCAGGCAGGGUAGUGGAGUGAUUCUCAGGCAGGAGGAGGCUGAGUAUGUGCGAGCCCUCUUUGACUUUAAUGGGAAUGAUGAAGAAGAUCUUCCCUUUAAGAAAGGAGACAUCCUGAGAAUCCGGGAUAAGCCUGAAGAGCAGUGGUGGAAUGCAGAGGACAGCGAAGGCAAGAGGGGGAUGAUUCCAGUCCCUUACGUCGAGAAGUAUAGACCUGCCUCCGCCUCAGUAUCGGCUCUGAUUGGAGGUAACCAGGAGGGUUCCCACCCACAGCCACUGGGUGGGCCGGAGCCUGGGCCCUAUGCCCAACCCAGCGUCAACACUCCGCUCCCUAACCUCCAGAAUGGGCCCAUUUAUGCCAGGGUAAUCCAGAAGCGAGUCCCUAAUGCCUACGACAAGACAGCCUUGGCUUUGGAGGUCGGUGAGCUGGUAAAGGUUACGAAGAUUAAUGUGAGUGGUCAGUGGGAAGGGGAGUGUAAUGGCAAACGAGGUCACUUCCCAUUCACACAUGUCCGUCUGCUGGAUCAACAGAAUCCUGAUGAGGACUUCAGCUGAGUAUAGCUCAACAGUUUUGCUGACAGAUGGGAACAAUCUUUUUUUUUUUUUCCAAUUGUCAUCUAUACGAUUUUCUUACAGACGUCAAAGCAGUCUAGUUUAUAUAAGCAUUCUGUUACCUGUGAUCUUUUUUAGACUGAACUACUCCAUCUCUAGUCUCAUUUACCAUAUUCAGGGUACGAAACUGGAGGGCUCGUGUGUUAACUUCUGAAUUGGCAAUUUUAAGCGAUAGCAGCCAUGCCUGAGUGUAUCAGAAGGGAUGGGUAUUUUGCCUCCUUUCCCUCAGGUAGUGCAGAUCAACCUGUGGAAAACUGAUGGACAGGAGAGGGCUAUUGGACACUGCUUACCCUGAUUUACUCAAUGGUUUUGUUUUCAUUUUGAAACCAUGCUAGCAAAUGGCAAUAGACUGUUCCCUUCCACCCCCAUGAAGUAAUAUUGCACCGUGUGAAUAGGAAGUACCCAGUGGGAUUGCUUUUUCAUUUAUAGAACAUGACCACUGUGUGACUCAUUCUGACAGUUCAGAUCCUGAGAUUUCUGAGGACACUACUAGAGGCAUUUGUCUUCCUUCCUAGUCAAUGCUUCAUACUUUUUCUUGGGAUUCUUUAAAUCCUUGUCAUUCUUUUCCCCUAAACCUACAAAUAGGUUCAUUCUUGAGAAAAGUAUUUUUCAUUCCAGAUGACAAGCAGGAUGUGCAGAGCACUUUAUUCAGUGCAUAGCUUUAAGCCAGUAUUGGAUUCACUGAGUGGACACCCAAACUCCCAGCUUUCUGCCUUCCCUCAAGGGGUCAUAGGUUCACACUGCUACCACAACUAAACAGACUCCUGGCUAAUGGGAUCCAGUAGGGCCAUUUCUUCUGAGUGCCAGUAUCCUAUUAGGGAACUCUCUGAAAUUCUUAGCUUCUACUUGCUUGGAGUGGAAGGACCAAUCACUUAGAAUAUUCCAUAGAGGGUUGUAGGGCCAAAUUCUGCCCUUUGCUUUAUGUGCAACUUGUAUACAAGUCAGAUUAAAAUUACAUGAGUUUGGGGUAGGGUUAGCGCUUUUAAAAACAUUUGAACCAAUCAUGAAUUAUGUAGUAUUCAUUUUACAUGGCCAGAAUAGUGCUUGAAGUGCAUUACGUUAUCAACUGCCUUCAUUUUUGGCUCUUUUUCUUUGUGUUCCAGUUUAGUUUACAAAUCCUUUCAAGUAUGGAAGGUUUAUGUGGGGUCAGGUGCUCCAAAGAAUUGACUUCUGAGACCAAAAAUGAUCUAGGCUAUUUAGACUACAAUAUGAAACCUUAAAAGUUAGUUCCCAGUCUAGAAAGGCACUUACUGGUCUAUGGUGUGGUAUGACCCAUAGAAACACCUUAUAUUUUGCUUUGGGCCUCAUUUUAGAAAAGUAAUGUAUCUUUCUCAUUGUUUCUACAUAGGUUAAUGAUUAAUAUGCAUUCUUUGAACUAUACCAAAUCAUGGUAUCCCAGUGACUAGCACAAUGCCUGGCAUAGUCGGUGUGCAGAUGUUUGUGUGAGUGAAUGAGGGGUGUGCAGAAGCUCAUACGGCACAGGGAAGCCAGCUGACACAGGAUUACAUACCACAAGCAAACUAAUGAGUUGACGCUAAUUUAUUUUUACCUCACACUAAGGUAAUGCUUGAUAAAUAUAUUAAUACUUAACUUUUAAAAGUUAGCACAGUGCAAUGCACGUAGUGGGUGCUCAAUAAUGUUAAAUGAACAUAUUUGCAAUACUAGACUUAAUUCCAUCUGACUACUCUUAAAUUUUCAGUUAGAGCAUAGAUACUGUAAAAUCCAAAUCCAAAUACGCAUUAAAUUAAAUCUUGUUUUCCUGAAAGUAUGACAUCUAAAAUACUUGUAGAAAAACCUUGUCAUAAACUGAUUUGAAUGUUUGUAUUUUCUUUUGCCUUUGACUUUGAUAUUGGCUUGGAUAUGUCUCUUUUCAUCAUAUGUAAUAUUAGUGGAACAUUCAACUCUACCCAAAUCAUAAGAAUUUCUCAAUGAUCAGUUUGAUCAGUUGUCUGAAGCCAUUAUAUGAACUGUUGGGUUGGAUUUGGCUGGGUGUGUCAGUUGUUAGACCUUAAAUCAAAGGACUUCUAAAAAGUAUCUUCCAAAAGCAAAUGCUAGAAUCCUAUUCAAGUGCAUAUGUACAUUGUCACAGAGCAAGUAAACUGUAAUUGGCUGCUAUAUUUUAUAUAAUCAUUUCUGCAAAAGCCCAGUUUUUGGAUACUAAUAUUUGACGUGGUUAAUUCUUAUUAAUUUGUUGGAAUUGUUUAUUGUUAAUAAUGCAAAUAGAUAAUUUUUAAUUAUCCUUAAGUAACAUUUCACUAUUAAUGGUUUGAAAUGGGUGGUCAGCAAACCAAUUUGAAAUAAAAUAUGAACAUGUGCCAUUGUAUUAUAACACUAUACACUUUCUUGACAGUUAAAUUUAAAAAAAAAAAUGUUUUUUUGUAGCAUGUAUUGUAUAUGUUUAUAGUAUA